CGUCUUCACCCGACCUCCAUAUCCAACGGCAGACGAUGGGCUCCCUGGCAUCUCUCCCUUGGGGUCUUCUCUCUGUCCUCAUUUCCCUCCCUCUUGCUCCUGCUGCCGUCUUGAUCCUCUUCUUGGCCAGCGGGGGCCCAGGGGCAGACGGGUGCAUCCCCUGUGGAGGCCACUUCAAGAACCUCAGGAUACGCUACGCCCACCUCUGCGCUCAGUACCGGAAACGCUACGGUCGGGCAAACUGCACGAAGUACCCGUGGGGGAGAGAAUCCGUCCAUGAGUUAGCCUUAGAUCAGCUUUCUCUGGAUCUCCUAAUGGAAAAAACUCACCGUGUCUUUCGAGUAAUCGAAAUCAACCAAAGCCUUGCCGACUUUCCAAAGUACUGGGACUGGUUACACGAGGUUAAGAUGCCAGAGCGGAGCAGAGAAGUGCUGUGCCCGCCGGCUUGCCAGGGAUUCAUCACCGCCUUCAACUGCUCCACCUGCCGGAAGGUGGACGUGGCCUGUUGGGACCUGCGCACCUGCUACCCAGAUCGCAAAGGGCUUCAGUCGACCUUCCGGCUUCUGGGCUCAAUGGCCAGCUCCUGCCUCUUUUUGGGACUCGUGUCCUGUGCCCUGGAGUGUAAGAAUGCGAGGGAGAGCGCAGCAUCGGCCCAACGCAAGCAGGGGGAGGUUCAGGAGACCUCGAGCGGGAUGGUCAGCGAAGGACCCCCCAUUGUGGAAGCAGUGGGUGUGGAGUGUGAUGAUUCUGCAGUGGCUAACAGAGCCCGGGGCCUCUCGGACAACCGUUAA